GUCAACUUGGUUUGACGGACUAUAUGAACAUGUCAACAUGUGGUGGGCCGGUUAAUUGAAGUGGGGUUGAGCUACGAAUGUAAAAUAGAAUUACGUGACGCGUGUAAAAAGAGUUGGAGAAGAUACUGCGCACACAUUACUGCAGAUAUGGCCCUGUUCGUAUUCUGGACCAGCGCUUUCGUCUUGUGUGUACAACCGUUGAUAAGUUGUGCUAAAGGCACUGUGGAAACAGCACUGAUUGACCCAUUUGACAUGGGAAGAAUUGAUGCUUCUAAGGAUCAAGAAACAAAAGAAUGGGUCGACCCAUUUGAUAUGACGUGCUACAGCCACGGAGAAAGGAAGAUGGUGAAAGAACGCUCUAAGACGUGUAAAAACUGCCCGAGUGAAAGAAAUGGAAUGGAAAAGAAUUUUUUGCAAAGACUGGUUAAUUUGUUGAUAAAUCAUUGCCAGAAUGGUGCUGUGGAAGAUACUUCAUUACUUGUGACAGUGACACAUGACCAGUUACGGGAGCUUUACCGACUGAAGGAGGCUGCUGAUAGUGAAGCAACAGUUAGAGUGCUGAACGGAAUAUUUUCGUACAUGACAGUACAUGAGAAAUCCAGCUUUUUAGCAGAUAUUUUCAUCUCGGAUGAGGUUUGGUCAAAUAUUGCUGCAAUGAGUUUUGCCCUUUUACCAGUCUGUGUAUUCCUAAUGGGUGGAACGAUGAGGAGAAUUGUGCUGAUUCUUGCACUUUCUAUUUUUGCUGUAAGUUACUUUAAAACUCAAAAACUGCUGCUUAAGAAACUAGAGUUGCAGAAUGAACGCAUUUUGAUGAAACAGACACAGUGCAGCCCACGUAGGCGAGCAUGGUUCAACUUAUUUGGUUCAGAUAAUGAAGCGGAGUGUUUAAAACAGCUACAUGCUCAGAAGAUUGAUCCUUCUCUAGAAGUUACACCAAUUCAAGUUGUUUCACAUAUGACAGCAGUUGGCUUGCUGCAGCCCAUGGAACACUUUAGCAUUAUGUUUUCACGUUUUUCGAACCAAAUAUUUGAAUCACAUUCGAUGCUGUACGGACUGUUUGUGUUCGUAAUUGCGGUUUUCGUUGUAAUUUACGUCAUCACAAUAUUCUGUGCUGGGAUUUUUGGUAGAAACUUCAGUGUCGGGAAUAAGCACAUCUCACUCGGAAUGAAAGGCAGCGCUGAACCGCACACUGAGAGGAUGCCGGCAGUACUGGAACCUGCUGCACAAAAUCAGGUGGUUGGAAAACCAAAUACUGAAAUAGCAGUCAUUAACCGUGGACAUUCUCCUCAACCAGUGAUACAGAUAAUUCAUAAUUAUCCCAUUAAACAUGUUGAUGAGCCUGUUGUUGGAAUUGAUUGUCAAAUUAAGCAAGCUGCUUCUGAGAAAAACAUAAACAAUAGUGAACUGAAAUCGGUAGAUUCUGUGGAAGAAGCUCACAAAAUUUCUGAGAUAACACUAGGCAGUUCUAGUAUAAAAGGUGAAACCUCAAAGACAUGCGAGUCACAAGACAAAGAGAAGUAGUAAAUUUUGUAUAAAAAUUUAAGUCUACCGUCCUGUAUGUGUGGCUGUAUUGUUACCCAAAUGGUGUAGAUCACCCUAAAACAGUCCAAAAGUGCCUCCACAAAAGCCACUGUCAACAGGGUGUUGCAUUUCAGGCUAAAAUUUCCGAUACUUCAGAGUUGAAAGAACUUUCUGAAAUGCAUCAAAUUGCGUUGGCCGACAUUGUUAUUGGUUCAUGUCCGAAGCCUUUCAGUUUUAAUUGUGGAGUUGAGGCAUAUCUUUGUGCUAUGUAAGUUUUAUAAGAAGUUUUUCACUAAAUGAAUCUGAGAAAUUGUUGUAUGCAAUUUAACACAGAGUGCUAAAAUUAUUAUUAUUAUAAGAAAGGUGUAUUCACAUUAGUACUUAUUAACAAAAUUGGAGGAAAGUCUGUCUGACGAGAUACUUUUAUUCCAUAAAUAAAUGCAUUGUCAUCUAUUAUAUCAGUUACAAUUAAGCUUUUUAAUGUUUUCUUUCAUAUUUAUAAAAUAAAUUCAACUGCAAUGUUUGAAAUUUUUUACUUAUCAUAUAGAAAGUUGUGUAUUUUGUGUUCUUAAUAGUAUUGGAAUCAGGUGCAUUUCUUAAUGAUGUCACUUACGCCAUUUGGUGUGCUCUUGGUGAUUGUUAAUCGUGGAAAAUUUUUUACUAUAAGCAGCUGUGAUAAUGGACACUGGAAUGCAACAAAUCGGAUUAAUAUAUAACACAGUCAGAUGGUAGUAUGUAAGUUUGUUAUAACUUUUUAAUUUGUUUACAUGUAUUUUUAUUCACCUCACAUGAAACUGUCUUGCAUCAGAGGAGGAAACUAAGUGAGACAGGAUUGCUGGCCAGUCCUUGCCUGUAGUAGAUGAGAUGUAUAGUAAGAGGGCCACACUGUCUAGCUUUCAGAAGUUGUUAGUUCCUUUGUAAAACACUAGUAAAGCACAUGACAAAGGUAAGAUCUCAUUUCAUAUAAACACUGGCACUUCUCUCCCCUGUGUUUUUCAUUUCAUAUUGAACUGAUUUACUCAUAUUGCUUCCUGCAAUCGGGGCAUAUUUCACUAUGGAGAAAUGAGCUAAAUAUGUUGAGUAACUCUUUCUCAAAGUGUGAAGAAAUCAAAUGAUACAUUCAUGACGUAUAUUAAUAAUAAUGGGUAACAUGUAUAAAAGUUCAAGAUGACUUUCUCUGGUAUUCACUGUUAUUAGAUUUGUACGAAGUUUUUCCAGAAGUGUUUCUGUACACAUAUUAUUAAACACUGAUUCCUUGCAAUGGCUUAUGUCCGAGGACACUGAACAAUGAUGUAAAUUCAUUGUAAGGCUAUUGUGGUUUAUCUCCUGCACUAGUAGCUCGUCCAAGUGAAAUGAGCUCAGUUGUUUCACAGAUUUAGAGGCCCAGCUACAUGCCAGUACAAAAAGGAAAUUUCUAAAUUCAAUCUGGUAGAGAAAAAUGGUCCAAAGAUGUGAAACUUCCUCCAAUAAUGCGAGGAUUUGCUUUGUGUCUGCUCUGAAAUGUGCACUAGGUACGGAGAUUAACAUUCUGUAGCUCUCUGAAUCUUCAGAGCAAACAAAAACAACAAAUCAAAAUGCACUCUUUACUAUAAACCUAUAAACUGCAUAUACUGAUGGUUUUCCCCAUCUUUCUUGUUUUACACCAAGUAAAUCUUAUUUGCAUUGUGAUUGCACAUCUUCCUGUAGUAAAAAAGUGCUUUAAUUUCCAAGGGCUCAUUAUAAUAAAAUCCACUUCCUACUGGCUUAUUAGUCUUGUCUGACAAGUAAUGAUUUUUUUUUUUCAGUGUUUACCAUCAUAGGCCCUCCCAUACCCUCAUGUUACUGCUGGCCCUAUUUUAACAGACCAUGCUCUCAGUAUUCUUGCCUCCCCCGGCCAGUUAGACUGUUCCACUUCUUAUUUCAUUCUGUCUUCUCUCUACUGCUGCCCGGUUAUAUUAUAUCCUAAAGCAGGGAAAAAUAAAUGUGGGCAGGCAACCAACCAUCUACAAAUAAAUGUAUUCCACACAGGGGCAUUUGGACUAACUUUCACUCCUUUCAGUGAACACACACACACACACACACACACACACACACACAAAUGUGGAUAUGCAAUCUUUUUAAAUGUACCAUCCACGAGCCACCUCCAGCCAGGAGAAUGGUUUUGUUUGUUUCCACUUAUCUCGUUACAAUAAUCUUCCAUACUUCAGAGAGAUGACUGCUGAAACUCACCCUGCUCUGUAGGGGAAAUGUUACUAAAAUAUUUGAUUCCUGUUGUUUUCUCUGUGUGUUCGAGGCAUGUUUUUCGGGUGCCUUAGCACCCAAAAACAAACCAGUUUAUAAAAAAUGUUAAGUGUUUAAACAAUAAAAAUUUUUCAUUUGGCACAUUGAUUGUGACUUUUUGCUUUUAUUGCAAAUACUAUGACAAAAUAUUGUUACAAAUUAAUGUAUAAAUUGUAAAUAACUGAAAUUGCAUCACCGAUUUGAAAUGUAUGCCUUUUGUGUUAUUUUUUGUACAAUAAAUUUGUUUACAUUA